CUGGCACGGAAGGUAUCCAGCUGCCUCGCGCGCCUUCCAGGCCCGGGCGCGGGAGCUGAAGGGCGGGAGGCCGGGCCGAACCUCUCCCGCCGCCGGGUGCAAACUUUCAAAAGAUGCGGCGGCCGCUGCGGCCCCGCCUCUGCACGGUUGGAGGCGGUGGAGGCGGGGGCGGAGCCGGCGGGCCCGGGCCGAUGGCUCCGCCUCCUCCUCCGGCAGCCGCCGCCGCCGCCGCCGCCGCCGCCGCCGCCGCCUCCCUCCCGGAGCCCGCCCAGCUGCCGCCCGCCGGCUCGCCCGUGCAGCGGCAAUGCCCGGGAGCCCGGCCCCGACCCCGGUCCCCGGCUUGCCGCGGAAUUAGCCUCCGCGCGCUGCGAGCGCGCCGCCGCCGACCUCGCACCCGAAGCGAAGAUGGGCAACACGGUGCACAGGACCUUGCCAGACUCGAGUCCCCCGGCACGCCUGCUGGCCACCCGGCCUUGCUGUGGCCCUGGCCCGGAGCGGCGCCCAGUCCUGGGUGAGGCACCGCGCUUCCACGCACAGGCCAAGGGCAAGAACGUGCGACUGGACGGCCACUCACGCCGGGCCACUCGACGCAACAGCUUCUGCAACGGUGUCACCUUCACACAGCGCCCCAUCCGCCUGUACGAGCAGGUGCGGCUGCGCCUGGUGGCCGUGCGCCCGGGCUGGAGCGGCGCGCUGCGCUUUGGCUUCACAGCGCAUGACCCGUCGCUCAUGAGCGCGCAGGACAUCCCCAAGUAUGCCUGUCCCGACCUGGUCACGCGGCCCGGCUACUGGGCCAAGGCACUGCCUGAGAACCUGGCCCUGCGCGACACGGUGCUGGCCUACUGGGCUGACCGCCACGGCCGCGUCUUCUACAGCGUCAAUGACGGCGAUCCCGUGCUCUUCCACUGCGGAGUGGCCGUGGGCGGCCCGCUCUGGGCACUCAUCGACGUCUACGGCAUCACCGACGAGGUGCAGCUCCUCGAGAGCGCCUUCGCCGACACGCUGCCCCCCGCGCGCCUCAGCCAGGCCCGCUUCAGCGCCUGCCUGCCGCCCAGCAGCCACGACGCGGCCAACUUCGACAACAACGAGCUCGAGAACAACCAAGUGGUGGCCAAGCUGGGCCACCUGGGGCUGGGCCGCACGCCGGGCCCGCCACCGGCCGACGCCGCGGCUGCCGCCGCCAUCCCGUGCGGGCCCCGCGAGCGCCCGCGGCCCGCGUCGUCGCCGGCGCUGCUCGAGGCCGACCUGCGCUUCCACGCGACGCGCGGGCCCGACGUGAGCCUGUCUGCCGACCGCAAAGUGGCCUGCGCGCCGCGGCCCGAGGGCGGCCGCACGCUCGUCUUCUCCGAGCGCCCGCUGCGGCCCGGCGAGAGCCUCUUCGUGGAGGUCGGCCGUCCGGGGCUGGCGGCGCCCGGCGCGCUGGCCUUCGGCAUCACGUCGUGCGACCCGGGCGCACUGCGGCCCGCCGAGCUGCCGGCCGACCCGGACGCGCUGCUGGACCGCAAGGAGUACUGGGUGGUGGCGCGCGCCGGACCCGUGCCCAGCGGCGGCGACGCGCUCAGCUUCACUCUGCGGCCCGGCGGCGACGUGCUGCUGGGCGUCAACGGGCGCCCGCGCGGCCGCCUGCUGUGCGUCGACACCACGCAGGCGCUCUGGGCCUUCUUCGCUGUGCGUGGCGGCGCCGCCGGCCAGCUGCGCCUCCUCGGUACCCUGCAGUCCAGUCCUGCAACUACGACUCCAUCAGGGUCCUUCAGUGGCUCUCAGGAUGACAGCGAUUCGGAUAUGACCUUCAGUGUCAACCAGUCCUCCUCAGCAUCAGAAUCAUCCUUGGUGACGGCCCCCAGCUCUCCGCUGAGUCCCCCGGUGUCCCCAGCAUUCUCCUCACCAGAGCCGGCGGGCAGCAAGAAUGGUGAGUGCACAGUGUGCUUUGACAGCGAGGUGGACACUGUCAUCUACACGUGCGGACACAUGUGCCUGUGCCACAGCUGCGGCCUGCGGCUCAAGAGGCAGGCACGGGCCUGCUGCCCCAUCUGCCGGCGGCCCAUCAAGGAUGUCAUCAAGAUCUACAGGCCCUAGCCUGGCCCUCCAGGCAGCCUUCGCUGCAGCAAGGUCACCUUUCUGAAGCUCCCACUGGGCUGGGCAGCCACCAUAGCCACCAGGGAGUCCAAGGGCAGCAGCCAUCUUUCAUCUGCCACUCUCCAAUGGUGGGCAAGGUGUGACAGUUGUGGAGAGGAGGCCCUGGGGGGCUGAGCCCAGGCAAGGGUUGCUUCUGGCUCAAAAGUGCUUUGCCCCCGAAAGGCCAUCCCAAGCAAGCUCAGGAACUGCCUGGUAGAUGCCCAUCCCUUGGUGACCUUCCAGCUGGGAACCAGCGCCCUCUGUCUGUGCAAUGCUUCUUUCCGGGGUUGGGUUGAGUGUAUGUGAGGGGGAGGGGUGGGGGGGACCACACAGAGAGAAUGUGAGAUUGAAUGAGAGAGCAGGGAACACAUAGGUAUUGCAUGUAGGGAUCCUGACUCUAGGAAGUUCCUUAACACUAAGGACCGUGCAGUCCGGAGCCCUAAUGUUAGUGCAAGUAGAAACCAUUCAUUUUCUGAGGAUGACAGAAGCUGGUUUUGAAUGUACAUGGCCUGAACCUACACAGCACUCUCUUGGAUGGUCUAGAAAAGAGACACUCAGAUUUUCUAAGGGGAGGCAAAAAUAUCUCAUUGUUUACAGCUCCAAAGCAGCCGCUGGUGGUGCGGGCAGGUGGGUGGAGAACAUCAGUAACACUCACUCUUUUUGGUUCUCAGUCUUGGAGGAGCGUUUUCAUGGGUGCUAAGACUGGGUGCUCUGGGCUGCGGCAUCUUUUCACCCUUUGCGCCCAGGCAGGGGCAUAAGCACACUGCACCUUGGCUCAGUCCCUGAUGCUUUUGGCCUGUGUUGACACCCUCCCCUGCUCCAAGGAGAAGCCUGGAGCACGUGCUCUUGUCCUGGGAAGGAGGCAGGUGACUCACAUGAAACUUGGAAAUGCCAUCCCAGCGUAUGAACAGCUCUCCAUAUUUCCCAUGGUGGUCCCUGUGUGGUGUCCCAGGGCCAGAAGCUACCAGCAGAAGCAGGAGGGGAACAGAUUCUGUCAUGGUCCUUGAUCUGGCUCUCAGCUUGAUAAUUAAUAUUUGCAAACCAAUGAGUGUGUUAAGUAAUCUUAGAGACAUUAACUGAAAGUGCUGACAUGGGUUCUUGUCCUCCCGAAACCUGCUUGCUUGUACUUCCUGGGACCCUGGCACUGUCCGCCCCCCGGCCCUCACCUAGCACACCUCUGUAGGCCCCACUCUGCAAGAUCUGGGGCGAAGGGCUGACCCAGGCCUGCUUCUUUCCUGACUCCAGUCUGAGCUCCUUUGUUCUCCUGUUCUAAGUUAUUCCUUCGGGGUGGUUCCUUGGCCUCUCUCCUCUUUUGGGUUCCUAAUUAGGAGUUGGGUACCUGACUUCUCCAUCAGCUCCUAGGAAGAGGGGCCAGUGUCCUAAGAAGUGUGGGGUAGGUUAGCAAAGAGCAGUUAGCAUUUGUCUUACAGCUCUGAUCUCUUUAUCUCUGGCUGAGAGAAGGGGAGGGGAAAUGUUCAGGGAAGUUUAGCAUUGCUUAAUAAUCCCUUGCUGGGAGCCAGGCUGAGCUGGGCCCUCCUGAGAGCCAGUCCCACAAGACCAGCCCAUGACCCCGGAUGCCAGAGGUCCCCGGCCAAGCACACUUUCUCUGCUAGAGCUGGUUCUGAGUUUCUGACCUGAUCUUGACCUCAGAAAUGCCGCUCUCUUGCCCAGCGAGAACCCUUGAUCUCUGCCUUUCCCUAGUGAAUCUGGGAGACGUGGCUACAUUGGGACUUUGCAGCACAAUCUUUCAGGACCUACUGGAACCUCAGUGUUUGCAUGGUAAGAGUUUAGGAAUCAGGCUGGCCUGAGUGCCCAGCUGAAUUUGCUCAGCAGAACUCCUCCACUUCCUGGGGCCGGGUGGUGUGGGCAGGGCCAUGCACAGGCUCUGUAUGGGACGAUCUCACCAGAGAGCUGGCUCUCUAGCCAUCUGUCCCUUAACUAGAUUGAGACAGUCACAAAUUCCAACAGGACCAGUGGCCUGGGAGAGCCAGCUGCCUUCUUCCUGUCUCUUGGCCUUCCCAGUGGACCCCUUGGUUCCAGCAGAGGUCACGUAGACCCACCACCAGGAAACCAGCUGCUGGGGCUGGACCCAGGGUGGACCAGGCAUGCUUCUGGUGCCCUGUUACCUGGGGGAAAAAAAGGAGCCAGUGGCCUACUCAACCUGCUCUGCAGCCACCACAAAUAGUCUCCCUGGGGCCCAGAGCUGAGGGCGGGGUGGGGGGAUGUUUUAAGCCAGGCACUUCCUGAUCCUUUAGGAAAUGGGCACAUCUCCUACUAUGCUUCAUCUGGAGAAGGGGGUGGGAGAAGGCAGAAAGGGAACCAGGAUAUCUUAUUCACACCUACUGUGUGCCUUGGCACUGAGCUAGAGAGGUGCAUUCAGGCAUGAGUCCCAGGAAGCGGGUCUUAGUGCCCUAUUAAGCCACAUCUAAGACGCCUCUGAUUAUAAAGCACCACAUCAUGUACCGCUGAGAAGCCACUGCCAGUCUUUAAGAUGCCACAACUGUGUAAUUCCUUCCAAUUGGAAGUGUUCAAGUGUAAAAAACUAUAAUUCUUAGAAUCCAGCAAUUAAUAUAUUCUCCCCAUUUGGCAGGUGAGAGAAUUGAGGUGCUGUAAGUAAAGUGACUUAAGGAUCACAUGUCAGGAAGUGACAGGACUGGGAUUCAAGCCUAGGAAUGCCUGGUACCAAUCCCAGUCUCCCCACUGCCUGCCCCUAAGCCCCCAGAAAGCUCUGGGCUGUCUGGGUUUUCUUCCUUGAAACUUGUGGCCAGAGCAUGGGCACCUGCACCUGUGGAGGUUGCCAGGCUGCAGCCCUUCUGCUGCCCACACCCUGCAAGGACAAGUGUCCUCCUUUACCAGUCACACACUGCCACAUUCUCCCAGCCAGGCUGAGCCUGGAAGAGCAUGGCUCCAGCCCAAGGCCUUCUGCUACACAGAGGUGCCCACACAGGCAACUUUGGGAAUGGACCACAACCACGUGCAGGGUCUCCAGCCCCUGUGGGUCACUGCCCAUUAUGUCCCCUUCUGGGCAGCAGUGGCAGCCAUGGCUCCCUGAGUGGGAUGGGGAAGACCAGGAGAUGCCACAUUUGUCAUGGUCUUAUCCCCAUCCACGUGGAGCCUCUGGGAAAGCUGGGCUGCUUCCAAGGCAAAGCAAGCCCGCUUUUCUAGUGCGUUCCCAGAACAAGGAGUCUUGGGAUUUAGCCACUCUGGGGCAGCUGCUUCUUGACCUGCAUCCCUAUUUCUUCAGUCAUUUGAACUGAUGAGCACAGGGUAUGUUCUGGCCACAGGGUUGAGAACCAGUAUCAAAGACAAAGCCCGUAAGGAGCUCGUGGUCUGGAGGAGAUGAUCAGAUUGCAAUAAAAACCUGAGUAUCAGUGUUCAGUGGGAUAACAAUACCAGAUACACAGAGUCAUUCAACAGACAUUUUCUGAGUGUCUCCUUGGAGUAAGGUGCAGGGGAUCAAGCAGAUAGGAGCAUCCCCCAGUUCCGAGGCUGUAGGUGUAACAUUGGCAGGGUACUGAGAUGUCAGGGACAGAAUGCUUUAGGCUUUCCUGGCUAUUCUGUUGUCUCCUGUCCAUCUAGGUAAGUGCCCAUUGACUGCCCUCGUGGCUAAGAGUCCACAGCAUGCUUUACACAGCCUCUUCUGCUUUUGAAAUGGGGGGGCCCUGGGAUCAUGGGCUGCUGCCAGACAGCUUGGAGCAAGGCCCAUAAAGGCCCACAAGCUCAUGAUCGCCUGCCAGGGAGGCACUGAGGAAAUGCUCCCUGCUACUUCCGGGCUCUGGGACUCCCCUCAAGGCUCAAGGGGACCCCAGGGGAGUCCAUUCUAGCGGAGAAUGUGCUUGUGCAAAGACUUGGUGAAUGAGAGGCAAUAAUGUCCCACUGCUGGACCCCAUCAAUGCCCCAGUCUGGCAGGGGACACCAGCUCAGGGACACGUGACCUCCUGGCAUUUCUUGGUAUUUCAUUGUCUCGUUGUCUUAUCCAAGUCCCGAAUGAAAUGAUUUGUACAACAAUCUGUCUGUGCCUUAUUAAAGUGUCUGUGCACUUUUUAUCCUUUUUCAAAGUAACUUUUUAAAAGUGAACGGGGAAUGAGCAGACGUGGAAGGGUUGCGGACACCCGUGGUUAAUCACCAAAACCCUCUUGCAUUAUUUUGGAUGUUGGAUGCUUGGGCCCCACUCCCCACAAACUGUGUACAGACCUUUUUAAACAUGUCUUUUAUUUUUCUGAUUCAAUACUGUGACCUCUCCAAUACAGUCUAAUCUUUGGGGAACUGUAAUAAAGAUUUUAAAACUCGGGGGAGCGGGUUGGGAAGGGUUUACACUGGUCUUUGUGUAUUGUGCUUAUGUAUGUUGUGUGUUCUGGGUUUUUUUUUGUCUGUUUUUAUCUGUUUUAUAUUAACAUAAUUUUCCUGUUUGAAAAACAAAUACAACUUUGGCUUGUAAAAAAAAAUAAUAAAGUUUCUUCAGGACUCAA